AUGAUUUUGAACGAAUAUUUGCAGCCUCCGCAAUGCGCUCGAUCGGGGCGUUUGGACCUGACCGUACAUCGUCGAGCUCGUCAUACGACCCAGUCAUUCUUAGCCGCACUAACAACAGAGGAAGAAACUGCUCUAACGUUUCUACGGCCAGAAGCUGUUGAAGACCAGGCUUACUCGCUGCAAGCAGUGGAUCACAUCGCGAGUGCAAAACUUUUUUGGCUGAUGCUGAUCCUCACCAUGCUCUCCACAUUUGUCACUCUUGUGCUUAUUAGAGACGGCUGGUUCACUGAUAUUUUCAUAAAUCCAUAUCGCUAUUUCUUGUCAUUUAAGAGUUUACGCCCAGUUUUGCCCUGGCACAUCAAUCGAAUGGGACGCGGUGAUCGGGCGACGACUGUCUCCGACUGUUCGCAGAAGCUUGGAAUCGUUUGCCACACAGAUUAUACCUCGGCCAUGGAUUCAUUCAAUACCGUUGAUUUCCUUCCGAUUGAAAAAGCUGUAGAGAGUAACGCGCGGCAUGCUGACAGCAGCCUGAGACGAGGGACAGAAGCGUUUGUUGCUGAUACUGGCGAAAAGACAAAAACUGAAAUAUUAUCUGUAUAUCUGAAUUCGAAUUAUGACGAGGUCAGGCAGCCAGCUAAUCGUGACUCUCUCUACAGUAUCAUAUUGCCUACAUAG